UCUGUCCUACUGAAAAACGAAUUGUCCCGGUGGAUAUAUUAUCGAAUAGAUAUUUGAAAAACAUCUUGAGGAUUGAUUAUAAACAACGUUUGCCAUGUUUCUGUCGAUAUUAUGGAGCUAAUUUGUAAUAUUUUUCGGUGUUUUCAGUGACCGCAAUUGCCGGGCGAUUUCUCAGCCAAACGUGAAGAAAAAACGGAGCUAUUUCUCCUACAAAAAUAAUAUUUUUGGAAAAAAGGAACAUUUUCUAUCUAACUGGGAGUCUCCUUAGUGAAAACAUCCGAAGCUCAUCAAAGAUUGGAGGGCGGAUGUCCACGUCAUUUUGGAACCUACCAAUGUGUUACAUUGUAACAGUGAAAAGUGUCUUUUCCCGACGUUGAUCAACUCCCAGUCUAUGCCACCAUUUUAUUUAAAUAGCAUCAUCUUUGAUAUUUGUUGUAAAGUGUACAGCGCUCAUUUAGGUGUAACCUUUACCGGAUUUAACGUGUCUGAGAACGGCACCUUCCUCCCGAAAGCAUUGCGGUAUCGCUUCUCGGCCUUUUGGCUAAGAUCAAGAGCAGGAUCGACUGCAUUUUCUCGCGGGAUCCUCAGUGGUGCGAUGUCGUCAUCGGCCACGUCACAGUCAGCGGCUGCUGGACUAAAGAAUACGCUUCGUUUUAAUUGGACAGGAAAGGAAAAUUUGAUGGAGAGAGUUCGUUUUGGAAAGGAAGUGCUGUUUGGACCUCUACGCCUGACAGCAGACGAUGUGCACUGCCUGCAACAGAACACACCCGAGAAGUUCUACGAUGUGUCGUUCUACACCAUCACCCGGCUGGAGGAAGUAAAGGGGCUCUUUCGUGCGAACGCGACAGCACCCUCCCUCGUGGAUUUUAAAGUUGAGUCCAUGUGCAGGCACAAUAUGAGGGUGCUAACGGUGCAUAUGUUCAACCCCUGGGUCACUGAAGAAACGUUAGUGUGCUAUCUCAGCCGGUAUGUGACCAUCUUGCCAGGAGUGAGAGACAUUAAGGACGCCCUAGGCAUCUGGACAGGGAAGAGGCAGUUUCGUGUGCUGCUAAAGGAAGACGAGAGCGGCCAUGAUGGAUACCGCCAUCCUCCUGCUUCGUUUUCCAUCGGUGCUGAUAGGGGCUACCUCAUGUAUGCUGGGCAGCCUCGUUUCUGCAGGAAGUGUAGCACGUACGGGCACCUCGCGGAUGCCUGCACACAGACAAGGUGCAGAAACUGUGGAAUUAUUGGACACACAAUGAGGGAUUGCACCGUGCCAAAGCGCUGCAGUCUGUGUAACUCAGAGGACCACCUGUUCCGUCACUGCCCGAAGGCAGUCCCCUCUUACGCCAGAGCGGUGAGCGGGAAAAGAGCGGAAGGCGGGAAAAGACCAGAUGAGGGAGAAGGCAUGGAACUACGCGCCAUUGAGGAGGUUGUGGAUGAGAUAGUGAUGGAGAGAGAACUGCGAGAGUCAGAGGAGAGCGGGAGUGAGACGCCAUCAUCAUCUCACGAGGAGAGAGGAGAAGAGGACAGAAGUUGGAAUAAGCAAGUGGAGGAGGAGAAGGGAAAGCCCACCGCGCCCGAGGCAACCGAGAGCUGGACAACGGUGAGAGAGAGGAGAAAGUGCGCGGUGAAAAGGAAGCAGAUGAGCCCUGUUUCCCCACUCAUCCACAUGGAGGUGACGGAGAAGUCUGCUUUGGGUGGGAAUCGCUUCAGUUGUUUCGAAAGCGGGAAGUCUGAGGAGAAAAGCGAGGGAAACCUGGGCAGCGCAGAGGAGACUCUGCUAUCCCUGUCAGGCGCGGGCUCCAUCGAGAGCAGCGGUCUGGCACCCAGUGGGGUUCCAGCACCCACGCAGAUGGAGGGGGAGCAUGAGGAGGAGGACAGUGUUUUCCCGACCCCUAUCUUGGUGGACAGUCCUCCGACUGGAGACCAUCGUUUCCCAAACAGGCCGCCAAAUGAGUUAAAGUACUUAAAGUGAGUUUGGAAAAUAAUGUCAAAAAAGAAAAUAAUACAAUUUGAAAUAGAUAAGGGGGGCAUUGCAUCAGUAAAACAGAGAUGGAAAGGGAUUUACCCGUCAUUGUAAAUGUGUUUAUAACCGAUAUAUAGUUGUAUUACAUAGGUACAAUUGAAAUGUAAACUAAGCCUUUGUAGAUAUUUGAUAUACACAGUUUUAUCCAGAGUGCAUUUUGGCAUAUGUAUAUAUAUGUAUAUAUUUUUAUAUAUAGAAUUGUUUGUAUUGUUUUUGGAGAUUGUUGGAGGCAUGUUAAUCUUGAAUAUAGGCCAAUAAUACUGCUCAGGUUCUGCAGAACAGCACUUUUUUUUAGGAGUUUUGAUAUUCUUAUAUUGUUACGGUACUUGUUGAUACUGUUUGUAAGUAUCCAUGUUAUGUACAACGUUAUGCACUGAAUUUGUAUUUGAAUGUGAAAUGAAAAUAAAAAUUAUUUUUCCAAAAAAAAAAAAA